CCAGAUGGCAACAGACACGGCCCAACGGAAACCCUGGCUCGGAGUUUGUGGCGAGUGCCCACUAUUCCGAGACGACGCAAACGAAGACAUGACCAAGCGGCUCCGCUUCUCGACCGUGACGACGUACGAGUUUCCGCUCACGUACGGCGGCAGCGCCGUGCCCGAGGCCACAGGCCCACCGAUCGGGCUCGCGCCUGUCCACGUGCACGAGACCGUGGCGGCGCUCCUCGCGUCGCCCGCGCGCCGCGGCCGCGUGGCCAAGUGGCCGCACGACGCCCGCAUGGAAGUGCUGAAACGAGCGGCGUUUUCGCCGCAAGAAAUCGCCUCGAUUUGCUUUGAAGCGAUCGACAUUCGCCGCUCGCGCCUCGAGACGCUCGACGAGAUCCAAGCCCUGCGAGCCACAGAGCUCAAGCAGAAGCGGCGCGAGCUGCGCCAAGCCCGACGCGACGCUCGGCAGCGUGCAGCGCUUGAGAAGAAGCAGGUCGUCGAUGACACCGACGACGCCAAGGAAUUGAUCAACGACGACGACGACGCGGCGCCAAAUGCAAAGCGACCACGCGUCGACGAAGCCAACUAGCGCCUGCAUCGUAGCCACCUGUAUGAAGAGAAGUAUUUAAGGACAUUAAUGCGUUGCGACCAUG